AUGGACCAAGACGAGGCGGAAGUGCACUGUUUGAAAGGAGAUCCUGUCGCAUACUACCUGGCGCCAGUUGCAGUGCACCUGAGCAACUUCUCGCGCGUUUUGCUCAUGUUCCCAGAUUGGGUUGCCUUUGAAGAUGUUUGUGUUGACUUGGCAUGGUUGCGAGAUGGAACCAGCGCCUUCUUUCAUGCAGGCAGUGCGCGUGUACGGGACCUUGCAUACUAUCCGCGGGCAUGGUUGUCUGCUGGCCUCUCCGAGCUCGAAGAAGAGUCGGAAGAGUGGGAGGUGGACGAGUCUGUACUUUUCCUGGACAAGGCCCAGUGUCCGUCCGGUGCUUUGGUGGUGUUGGAUCUAGUUUCCAGCAACGUCCGCACCGGUCUUUUUCCAUGUGGCACGCAAGCAUACUGGCGUGUGGCAUGGGAGCUGGCAGGCUGUUCCUGGACCUUUUCUCGCUUCCUGCCUGCACUUCUCGGUUUCACUACAGAUGGUGACUUCAUGGGGUGCGGGCGCGGCGCUCGAGACACUUCUGAUGGACGUUUGCUUGGGGUACAUGUUCAGUGGGCAAAAUACUAUUGGUUGAGUCGACCGUCCCGGCAUGUACCCAUAGUUGUGGACCAGGCUUUGCUGACACUGGGUCCUGUGUGGGAUGCGGAGAACAGCAGGUUGCUUGCGAUUGGCUUCAUGAACUAUGCGAAUUUCCACUUUGUGCGUUAUGCGAAUUGCAGCCAGUGCUCCUUGAUGCACCUGAGAGAGGUCAUGAAGGGGUCCUUCUCUUCAUGGGUGGCCGUGUGGUCAGAUGCUUGGAGGGAGGCUUUCACCGCUGUCGCGAGCUGCCCGGAGGACGGCAUCGAUGUGUGCUGGGCUGCGCCUGAUGCACAGAGCUGUCCUCCACGCCCCUGCACCUUGGUGGGAGUGACAGAGGCCGAUCUGGAGGCUCCUUGGGAGGAGCCCCUGGAUGUUCACGAGCUGCCACUACCGUUGCCACAGAGCGUCGAAGAGCUCUGGGCCCACACGGGCUAUGCAAAGGCCCAGCACUGGCAACGGCUGCUACGCCUCUGCUGUGAGCACACUGAGUCCAUAGAGCCCAUCCCCAUAGCAACCUCUGAGAUCUCCAACGUGGCGGGCCCUACACGGGUUCCUGACAGCUUGGAGGGCUGUGAUAAUGCCAGCACCAGGGUCUCUACACACCUGUCGGAGAUCGUGAAGCUCUUUGGCUCCUUGGCAGAGCUGGUCGUGGCCACCUUGGAGGUCCCCGAAAGCAAGGAGGAGCUUGCUGUGCUGUGGCAGCUGGUGGAGGGUCAAGCGCAGCAACUGCAGUCGAAUGACCCUGUAGCGCCUGUGUUCCUGAAAGCCGCCGUCGCCCGAUUUUGGAACAGCUUCAGGGUUUCCCGCAUCCGUGCGGCCCUUCUCGCUGAGCCUUUGGACUAUGGGGAGCUGUGGGCGGCCGUCUUCCACUUCAGUGCACAGAGCAGCGUUUGGUUCAGUCUCCUCCAUGGUGCGCAAAUCGAGUCCGGAACCUGCCGUGCUCGCAUUGCGGGCCCUGCGAGCGGUCCUGCGAGCGGCCCUGCGAACGGCAUCCCCAUGCCGGGCAUGUCUGCAGCGCGCCUGGCGCCAGGGCUUGGCUACGAGAUUCCCAUGGCGUUCUCCCGGCUGUUGAAGCAUUUGGUCGAAGAUGUAGGCGGCGAGGGCUUCAAGAACUUCAAGCUCCGCGCUGUGGCAGUCGGGAGCGGCGGGAGCGGGUUCUUACCUUUCUCUGAGGCUUUACUCUCAGAGCCUCGCCUGGAGCUCCUCAUCGUCGAUGCUUCUGAGCAUGCGAAGCAGGUUGCGCGGUCCCUCCUGCCGAAGCAAAACACUGGUUCCAGGCGGCUGGCGCCGCUUUGGGGAAAACGCCAAGUCCUCAUGUCCACCGACAGUGUCACUGCCAGCUCAUGGAUUCAAGAUGCCUCUCUGGAUCUGGUUUGCAUCGAUGCUGACCACAGCUAUGAUGCCAUAAAGGCUGACCUUUUAGCCUGGGCACCCAAACUUCGCAAGGGAAGAAUUCUUAGUGGCCUGGGCUACAGCAGCUCUUUCCCAAAUGUGGUCCACGCGGUGCGCGAGUUCGUCGAUGGCAACACUCACAUGUUCUGGUUGGGACCUGUCUUCAUGAUUCAUGGAACUGCAACCGAAAACAUAAACAAGUUCGCGGGCUACGUGUAUCUGUCGCAGCUGCUGCGCAACCUCUGCAGAAUCGGGGCAGACGUGAGAGUAAGUCCUCGGCCUGUCGAGGCUGCCACGCAGCUCUGUGGCUUGGUGAAGGCGGGCCAGGCAUCCUUCCAGCAGGCAGAGAUUCGGCGCGUGGAGGGGAUCCUGGACAACUGUGAGGCCCAACGGGGUGUUGCAGGAUGGCUCCGCUUCGCUGCCGCUGAAGCCCAGCGCCUCUGGCUGGAAGCCAACGAAGACCUCGAGGUUCGUGAGCGCCGGCUCCAGCGCGAAAGGGCCAUUCACGAGGUACGUGAAUCUCAGCGCCAGGAGCAGCAGCAGCGAGCGCAGGAAGCGCUACAGGCGGCCGAGGAGCUCAGGCUUCAAGGCAACGAUGCUUUUCGGCAGGGCCAACUCCCUGGCAACGCUGCAGCGAAGCAGCACCUCCUGCAGGCCGUGGAGCUUUAUGCCGAGGCCAUCUGCGCGCUUUCCAGGUGCCUUGACGCCGGACUGGCGCAGGUGCCCGAUCUGGCUGCCGAGGUUACCCGCCAGCGAGGGCUGCUGAGGUCCAACGCAGCGCAGGUCGAGCUUUCAGGCCAACGCUGGGCGCAAGCAGCCGUGCUGGCGUCGGCGGCUUUGGAGGAUGACCCGGCAUCUUUGAAGUCGCAGCAUCGCCUGGCCAAAGCACAGCUGGGAAUGGGCGACUGGAACAAGGCGGCUGCAACAGUAGACCAGGCCUUGCUCGAGCUCAAAGGCCAGCCUGCUGGCGAUCGCGAAGCCUUUACUGUAGAGCUCUGGAAGCUGGCCGAGCAAAUCUCCGAGAAGCUGCCAGAGUGGGUCUGGUCUGCUUCCAAGCCCGAGCAGAGGAAGGCGUCGGCGCAGGAUUACGAGAAGCGGCUCGUUGGAUGGUGGGAGUCGCCAGGCAGCUCUUUCGAGAUCAAGCUCGAGCCCUGGGGUGCCCUUGUCUUCAAGGAGGACACCCUAAAGAUCGAGCUCAUGCAGAAGAGCCAGCUGCGCUGGCGUGGGGAGGUAGAGAUGAUCUCUGGCAUGGUGCUCAACCUGUCCUAUGAGUGUCUUGGACUGCCACUCUACGACCCCUGCAGCCUACGGCGUCCUAGGGCGUCCUAG